GGACUGUGGCAGCAAACAGGUGCACCAGCAGGGCAGUCAGUUAUCCCUGAGAGCAGAGGUUUGGUCGAGGAUGCAAACCUUGGUAACUCUGUGCGUUCUUCUCUCGCUCCUCUUUUGUGUCCGUGCAGAUGUUGUGGAACGUUUUGAGGAUGAGCCAGAAUGCAUGAGGUACUUCUAUAAAGAGAAGGUGCCAGAGUGGGGGGCUUCUACACCCCGUGCCGCCCGUCUCUGUCAGCGCUUCAACAACAAGUACCACUUUGCCACACUAUAUGACACCAACCAUCGUAUUGCUGUCUACUCUGCAUAUCAUUUCCAGCCCAGCAAUGGAGGUGGCAGGGAGAAAAGGUGGUUUGUAGAGCCUCAGCUGGUAAACAAGUCCUGGCAAACAGAGAUGAAGGAUGCCUACUGGCUGGGGAAAGACCACCCUGGGGUCUACUUGGGAGAGAGACAGGCUCUGAAUGAGGACUACACACACUCUGGCUUUGACCGUGGUCACCUCAACCCCAACGGACACCAUGCAGUCCCUAGCCGCAAUGCCACAUUCACCUUGACCAAUGUGGUUCCUCAGAACCCUAAGCUGAACCAGAACGCCUGGAAGAUCCACGAGUCCCAGCUCACUGACCUUUUCCGGGACAAGUGCUCUAAGGCCUAUGUGCUGGUUGGUGCCAUUCCCUCUGCAGACAACUGGAUUGUCAAAAACAACGUGAAGCGUGUCAACAUCCCAGACUACCUGUGGAAUGCCUACUGCUGUGUGGACAACAACGGCAGACCCAUUCAGAGUGGUGCUGCCACAGCGAGGAACACAGAGGACAACUGGGUGGAGAAGGUCUCACUGGAAGAACUGGGAAAAUUCCUGCAGCAGUUUUCAAAUCAACCAGUAGUGGAGCUGUUUUACAACAACUGCAGGGCAUAAAGAUAACAGAGGUCCAAUGAAAAAUAUAUAAGGCAUUUAAGGUUACAUUAUGCAUUGUUUAUAUUGAUUCAAAUGUGGUAAUACAGUAAUCUUCUCCACUCUGAAGUUCUGUCAGCGCAGAAGUUUUUCUUUCAUUUUUAAUAUCAUGCUCAACAUUAAUCCUUAGAUCUGUAUAAAAUAAAUACAUUUUCUGGA